UUCCUCUCACCUUCUCCACUAAGAAAAGCACUCCUUUUUCUAUGGGCAUACAUAAGUCAUUUACCCUCUUCAUAUUAAGAGUAUCACUUCAUCAAAUUCUCAAUUCUCCAGCUUCACUUUAUUCCUCUCUAGCUUAUCCCAAAUUCGCCUUCACAUUUUGUAACUAUAUAAUAUAUCCCCACACAUUUUACUUCCUUUUGUCUUAGGUAAUGACCUUAAUACUUGCAACACAUACUAGAUAUUAUUCUACACACUCCAACUUCAUGCCCAAUUGGGUCUCAAGCAAGUUUUUUGGCUUCUAUUGCUUUAACUUCCAAUCUUCUUUUCAAUAGUUUAUAUACAUCUCCAGUCUCUUUCUACAACCUCUUUGCAUUUCAGUUUCAAUGGAGAGAACCGUGAAUUUGGAGCAAAAGACUCUAAUCAAUGAGCUAAUCCAAGGGAAGGAGCUAGCAAAGCAACUUAUGAACCAUCUCCAACCAUUUUCAUCCCCAGAAAAAAGGAAUUUCUUGGUUGGGAAGAUUCUAUCUUCCUAUGAAAAAGCUCUUUCAAUGCUUAAAACUUCUGGUACAGAUCAAUCCAAGCCUUUUGAAUCCCCACAUUCCUUGGACAACACUAGCCCAAGAAGUGUGAUAUUUGACCAAGAUUAUUCUAAGCACAGAGAUGUCUUCAAGAAAAGGAAAGUAUUGCCAAGAUGGACUGAGCAAGUGAAGGUUUGUAUGGGGACAGGACCAGAAGGGCCUCUUGAAGAUGGGUAUAGCUGGAGAAAAUAUGGGCAGAAAGACAUACUUGGAGCUAAUCAUCCAAGAGGCUACUACAGAUGUACACGUAGAAAUGCACAAGGAUGUUUGGCCACAAAGCAAGUCCAAAGGUCAGACCAAGACUCUUCACUCUUUGAGGUCACUUACAGAGGCCGCCACACUUGUAGCCGGGCCCCUCAACUCGCCAUGGCAUCAGCUAAUUCACUACCCAAACACGGCCUCAAAGCAGAAAACAAUGACCAAUUUCCAACACAUGAAGAACAAGAUCAAGAAGAGGAAAAGCCAAAGCAACCACAAGCAACAGGUCUUGGAGUCAAAACUGAGGACUUUGACACAAAUAAUAUUGAGGAUGGUCGUGGCAUAUUUCAGCCAUUCUCCUUCCUUUCCACACCAAUUGAAUCCGAUAAUGUGGGGAGGGAUUUCUUCUCCGACAUAGUCGAGAACGGCAUUGCCGGUCCUUUUUCUCCGCCGUUUGUAUCUCCGGCGGGAUCAGAAUCGACCAGCUUAUCGGUUUCACCGUGGCACAAUAUGAGCAGCUUUGGACUAGCCAACAACAAUGUCCAAACCUCUGAAUCUGAUCUCACUGACAUACUUUCGACCCCGAAUUCGGUCACCAACUCACCAAUCGGGGAUUUGGAUCUCACACUUGAUAAGGUGGAUUUGGAACUGGAUUUCCCUUUUGACAGUCCUGAGUUUUUCUCUUCAUGUCAGUGUCCCUAAAAUAAAUGCAGCUUUUUAGGAUACAUAUGAGAAAAAUAAUGGAUGAGUGUUCAUACAAA